AAACACCAACACUUCCAAGUAGGUCAACGCCCAUGAUAUAUUGAAAAAUUUGUGUGCACGACCAAAGCUGCAGAAGAACGACAUUCACAUUUCUACAAGAUGUCUGCAUUGUCGGUGUCUUCUCUUUCGGCUUUUUGCCGUUCCAGCUCAAGCUCAAAUCGAAUGCGCGGUGCAAGAACGGUCGCGACAUUUGCCACUGCAAAUGGACCGAGACCUGGAGUGGUCACGAGAGGCAACAGCAGGCCAUUUUCCACAGGAAACGAAGGAAGACCCGACGCAUUAGCAGCGUUGCAGACACGGCCAGACGCUGCUGCUGCUGCUGCUCUCAAUGCAGCCCCCGGAUCCAUGUUACAACUGGGUAUCCCGCAUGAUGUUCCUGGCGUAUCAGCAUAUGAUUCCUCAUCUUCGUCAAGAGCUGCUGCAAUUGUUUCCAGUAGAGCCAUCCCAUCCAGCAUCCUUUGCUCCUCCUAUUUUUCCGAACGAAAGCCGGUACUAUCACGACCGCCCAGUACCAGCAGGAGAUUUUUCUCAACCUCUUCCUCCGACCAGACCGACAACUUAGUGAUGACCGAAGUAUUGGAAGACAAAGCUGUCGCGAUCUGCUGCUUCAACCGUCCAAAAGCUUUGAACGCCCUGAACGAUAGCAUGGUAUCGGCUUUGAUUGGAAAACUGAAGGAAUUCGACACCGACGACCGCGUGAGGGCAAUCGUAGUGACUGGUUUUCACCCGACCUUGGGCGCAGGGACGGAGAAGGUAAUUCUUUCUAGUCGAUGGGAAAAAUCGUAAUCGCACUCAGAAUUCUAGAUUUUUCGUCUAUCAAAAAAAUUGAGCGCUUCGUAUAUCUUCAAUAUCAGGCCUUCGCCGCCGGCGCCGACAUUAAACAGAUGAACGAGAAGGAUUAUGGCGAAGUGAACAAAUGUGACAUGCUCGGCUUCUGGAACGACAUCAAAACCGUCCGAAAACCCAUCAUCGCCUCCAUCAACGGGUUCGCCCUGGGCGGCGGCUGCGAACUCGCGAUGGCUUGUGACGUUUUGGUUGCCAGCGAAAGUGCGAAGUUCGGCCAGCCCGAGGUCAAACUCGGCACCAUUCCGGGCGGGGGCGGCUCACAGCGGUUGACGCACGCGGUCGGGAAAAGUAACGCCAUGUGGUGGAUGCUCAGCGGGGAAAUGUACUAGCUACGCCUGCAACUACUUGAACUUUUGCUUGUUGCUGAUUUUUGUGAUUGUCAAUCCAUCGUAUCAUGCAUGAUAGGUGCACUCUUUGAGUAAAUCGGGGUUGUCAUUGCAAUGGACGCUGGCGGAUUUCGAUGAGGUAGGACCAGGACCAGUACUGCAUUAAGCAAAAUCAUGUCCACGACUUAUUCCGAUUUCGACCAUCAAUAACAAUAAGGUUUUCCGCCGAGGAAGCGUUAAAGUGCGGCCUGGUGACGAAGGUGUUCCCGAAGGAAGACCUUUUUGAGAAGACCGUCGAGAUGGCGGCCAAGAUCGCCGCGUUCAGUUCUCCGGUACUGAACAUGGUGAAGGAAUGCGUGAACCAGGCCGCGAACCUACCGCUGGACCAAGGCUUGCUGUUCGAGCGGCGGGUCUUUCACGCGACCUGGGGAUUGCAGGACAGAAAGGAGGGUAUGACGGCGUUCGCGGAAAAACGGGAGGCGAAGUUUGAACACAAGUGAGAAGUUGAUGACGUGCUGAAUCCUGCCUAUGUUCUUGGUAUGUCGUCUAGUAUUAGUGAGUACGGUAGAAGUCCGAGGACGGACGUCGUUGUAUUUAUUGAAAUACUCCUGGGCCUUACAUGAUCGGUCGUCAAAAAACAACUAAAACAAAAAGAGAUCCGGAACGACCUUGCCCUGGGCUAAAAGCAAGAAUCGUGAUCUUCUUUGCGUUUCUGUUUCGCUUGCGCGUCGUCGGUUGAACAGAGGUGACGCUUGGUCUCAUUGUCAUUAUUCAUCCUCAGUAUGCUCAGAGAAAGAAACCCUGCUUAAGGAUCUGGACCGAAAAUCAAAAAAAUGAAACAGAAAUGGAAUCGCAGUGUGAGGAUCGUGAUUCCGGAUCACUUCUAAAAUUGCGAAAUGCACCAGAAGUGGACAAAUAGCACGGAAAGCACUAAGAGUAAGAUCAACAGGUUGGACCACAUCCCUAAUUGUGUAAGAAGGAUCAUGGUGUCGUCGGUCCGGAAACGGAAUCAAAGUGGAAAAAUCUUGCUAUUCGUCCAAAUCUUUAUCGAUCUGUACGCCACGAGUGAAGCCGAAGUAGAAAUAAAUUCUUUGCCGAAGAAGAAAGGCAGGGUCCUCAAGAUAAGACCCCGCACUCUUUGCCGAAGAAGAAAGGCAGGGUCCUCAAGAUAAGACCCCGCACAUCUUCAUCUUGUUCCACAUAGCCCUGCGCUCC